GGUGUUAACGAGGAGGGGAGGCACUCUCCAAACUGCGGUUCCUGGCUCGGACGGGACCUGGCAGUCCCCGGGAACCAGGAUAACCCAUCUGAAAUUGUGCCAGAGUUUACAGGAACACUGAUGCCAGCAAUUUAGGGAUCUUCACAUUCAGUCUCAGUGGUAGUUGAGCAGUGUUGUCACCUGUCCCCAGCCAUGAGGCUCCCCGUGCUCUGUGCCUUGGUGACGCUGCUCAGCCUGUCCCGCUGCCGGGCCGUCAGCUUCCCCGAAGACGAGGACCCCAUUAAUGUUGUGGACUACCACUAUUCAAGGCAAUAUCCAGUAUUUAGAGGACGCCCUUCAGGCAAUGAAUCUCAGCACAGACUGGACUUCCAACUAAUGUUGAAAAUUCGAGACACACUUUAUAUCACUGGCAGGGACCAGGUUUACACUGUAAAUUUAAAUGAAGUUCCAAAAUCAGAAGUUAUCCCAAGCAAGAAAUUAACAUGGAGAUCAAAGCAGCAGGACAGAGAGAACUGUGCUAUGAAAGGCAAACAUAAAGAUGAAUGCCAUAACUUCAUUAAAGUCUUUGUUCCAAGAAAUGAUGAGAUGGUGUUUGUCUGUGGAACAAAUGCAUUUAACCCUAUGUGCAGAUACUAUCGGUUGAAUACAUUAGAGUAUGAUGGGGAGGAAAUUAGUGGUUUGGCAAGAUGCCCAUUUGAUGCCAGACAAACCAAUGUCGCCCUCUUUGCUGAUGGAAAAUUGUAUUCAGCAACAGUAGCAGAUUUCCUGGCAAGUGAUGCUGUUAUUUAUCGCAGCAUGGGGGAUGGAUCUGCCUUAAGAACAAUAAAGUAUGACUCCAAAUGGAUAAAAGAACCACACUUCCUCCAUGCCAUAGAAUAUGGGAACUAUGUUUAUUUCUUCUUCCGAGAAAUUGCUGUAGAGCACAACACUUUAGGCAAGGCUGUGUAUUCCCGUGUGGCACGCAUCUGCAAAAAUGACAUGGGGGGCUCCCAAAGGGUCCUGGAAAAGCACUGGACAUCCUUUCUGAAAGCUCGGCUCAACUGCUCAGUUCCUGGGGAUUCAUUCUUCUACUUUGAUGUUCUGCAGUCUAUCACAGACAUAAUAGAAAUCAAUGGAGUACCCACUGUUGUGGGUGUAUUCACCACACAGCUCAACAGCAUCCCUGGUUCAGCAGUGUGUGCUUUCAGCAUGGAUGACAUUGAGAAAGUCUUCAAAGGGAGAUUUAAAGAACAAAAGACUCCUGACUCUGUUUGGACAGCUGUGCCUGAAGACAAAGUACCAAAGCCAAGACCUGGCUGCUGUGCGAAACACGGCCUAGCAGAGGCUUACAAAACCUCCAUUGAUUUCCCAGACGAAACGCUCUCCUUCAUCAAAUCUCAUCCUUUGAUGGACUCAGCUGUUCCCUCAGUCACUGAGGAGCCCUGGUUUACCAAAACACGUGUCAGAUACAGAUUGACAGCAAUUGCUGUAGACCACGCUGCUGGACCCUACCAGAACUACACAGUCAUAUUUGUUGGCUCCGAAGCAGGAGUAGUACUUAAAAUCUUGGCAAAGACCAGGCCUUUUUCUUUGAAUGACAGCAUAUUACUGGAAGAGAUUGAAGCUUAUAAUCAUGCAAAGUGUAAUGCAGAAAGCGAGGAGGACAGAAGAGUCAUUUCCCUCCAGCUGGACAGAGACCACCAUGCUCUGUUCGUGGCAUUCUCCAGCUGCGUCGUUAGAAUUCCCCUGAGUCGGUGUGAGCGUCACGGGUCAUGUAAAAAGGCAUGUAUUGCUUCACGGGACCCAUACUGUGGCUGGUUAGACCACGAGGCGUGUGGAAGAGUGACACCAGGCAUGCUGUUCUCUUUGUUUGUUUCAUACAACCACAGCACUGGAGGAUACGUACAAGAUGUCGAAUUCGGCAACACGGCACAGCUUGGGGACUGCCAUGAAAUUUUGCCUACUACAGCUACACCAGAUUACAAAAUAUUUGGCGACCCAACAUCUGACAUGGAGUUCUCCUCAGCUUCCAUUACCACAAUGGCAAGUAUCCCAGUUAUAUCACCUAAAGUGAUUGGUUCCUGGAAACCUAAAGUGACUGGCUCUCGGAAAUUUGUAGUUCAAGAUGACCCAAACACUUCUGAUUAUUCUGAUCCAUUAUCAGGUGUCCCAAAGGGUGUGAGGUGGGAAGUACAGUCGGGAGAGUCCAACCAAAUGGUACAUAUGAAUGUCCUAAUCACUUGUGUCUUUGCCGCUUUUGUCCUGGGAGCCUUUAUUGCGGGAGUGGCCGUUUACUGUUACCGGGAUAUAUUUGUACGGAAAUCCAGGAAAAUACACAAAGAUGCAGAAUCGGCUCAGUCCUGCACUGACUCCAGCGGGAGCUUUGCCAAACUGAAUGGGCUGUUUGACAGUCCUGUCAAGGAGUAUCAGCAGAACAUUGAUUCACCCAAACUAUACACAAACCUGCUGACCAGCAGAAAGGAGUUGCCUCCAAACGGUGAUACCAAGUCCAUGAUGAUGGACCAUAGGGGCCAGCCUCCAGAAUUAGCUGCACUUCCAACUCCUGAAUCUACACCAGUUCUUCAACAGAAGACUCUGCAGGCAAUGAAAAGUCAGUCGGACAAAGCGCAUGGUAACCUCAAUGCUUCACGAAAGGAAACCCCGUUGAAAAGCCCUCAGUUUUUUCCUUCUAGUCCUCCACCUCACUCUCCUCUAAGUCAUGGACAUAUUCCCAGUGCCAUUGUUCUCCCCAAUGCUACCCAUGACUACAACACGUCUUUCUCAAAUUCUAAUGCGCACAAGGCAGACAAAAAGAUGCAACAUCUUGAUCAUCCACUUACAAAAUCAUCCAGCAAAAGAGACCACAGGAGAUCUGUCGAUUCCAGGAACACCCUGAAUGAUUUUCUGAAACACUUAAAUGAAACUACUAAUAAUCCCAAAGCAAUUAUGGGAGAUAUUCAAGUGGCCCACCAGACUUUAAUGCUGGAUCCAAUGGGCAAUAUGUCUGAGAUCCCACCUAAGGUUCCCAACAGGGAGGCGUCUUUAUACUCUCCUCCAUCGACUCUGCCGAGGAACAGUCCCACAAAACGAGUGGAUGUUCCCACCACUCCUGCAGUACCAAUGACCUCUUUGGAAAGGCAGAGGGGUUAUCACAAAAAUUCUUCACAGAGGCACUCAAUAUCUGCCCUUCCUAAAAACUUGAACUCACCAAAUGGUGUUUUGUUAUCCAGACAGCCAAGUAUUAAUCGUGGGGGGUACAUGGCUCCCACAGCAGGCACAAAGAUGGACUACAUGCAAGGGACGCCUGUCAGCGUUCACCUCCAGCCUUCCUUGUCCAGACAAAGCAGCUACACAAGCAAUGGCACCCUGCCUCGUACAGGAAUAAAGAGGACACCCUCCCUAAAACCCGACGUGCCACCCAAACCCUCAUUCGUCCCUCAGACGACAUCAGUCAGACCACUGAACAAAUACAGCUACUAGGACAUGUCUGUGCUAAAAUGAGUGUGGCAUUGACCUGUACAGGUUGUGAAAUGAUGUUGUGGUAGACACAUAAGGCAGAGACUUGCUUGUUACUAAGGAGAACAAAGUAGCCAAAGAAACUGUCUUUACUUGAGUAACAUCUGUGUCUUGCCACAUGUAGCUUUAGCAAGACUUCAUGUACUUGCUAGGAGCAAACACAAAAAAAAAAACAAAGGAAAGUGCUGGUCAUUACAUUUCUUUUGUUUGGAGCUAAGGAGACAUGUAGCACAAUGGGGUGGGGGCUACAUUACUGUUCUAAAUAGCUAAACAACAGUUGUUGGGAAAAAAUCAGUGAGCAAAUACUUGAAAAAUGGGUUCCAUUUUAGACUGCCAUUAAGUGUGGUCAUUCCCAUUAAAUGUGAACAUUUUACUAUGUAUGCAUUCACCUUGCCUCUUGCACAAAUGUCAGAAAAUGGUAAUGUCUCAAUGAAUAGCUGGGUUAAUAAUCAAUUUGCUGGAAUUAAGUCUCUGGCCCAACUGUAGCAUUAUUUUUUUCUCUCCAUGUGUGUGGCAUUUUGUUUUUGCCACAGAUAAAGCUGUGCGUGUGUGUGGAUGUGUGUGUGUACUGUACACACUAGGAUGUACUUAGGUUCCCAUUGCAUCUUUUAUGCUAUGGAAUUGUUUACAUUGAGCAUGACUGAACAAACAGAUGACUCUGCCUUCUGCAGCCCACUGGGUUCAGCUCGGAGCCAGCUAAGGAUGAACUGCGCAUCUCUGACAGCCUUUUGAGGGGAACGCCUGGAUGAAAGAGUCACCCAGUCAAAGAGUGCAUAUAUGUUUAAUUCUUCAUAACUCUGUUAUGCUGCUAUUGAUUCAGAGCUGUGCAUUUCAAAUCUAGUGUUUUGGGCUGGAACGGGGGAGUUUUACUGUGUUUCCACAGUGCCUCCAUCCAAUACCUGGCCACUGUGAACUUGAGCCCCUGUACUCCUCGCUGAGGGCAGCUAAUAGUCAGUUCACUUGGCAAAUGCCUGUGUAACUGGAGAAGGUCACGUUUUUGUUGCAUUUAAUAACGCCCUACACACUGAUAGACUCUUGUCAGUAAAAAAGGAGAAACAUUAAUUGGCCUGGCAGAAGCAGUCUGUGAAAACUCAACAGUAGUGCAAUCAAUUUGUUUUUGUUGUGUAAAGUAAGGUUUGUUUUUUUCCAAAGUCAUGCAGGUAAUGACAAUAUUCUGUAAAUAUUAUGUGUGAGUUUACCUGAAUCUGUGCAUUUUGUGCCUUAUUCAUGCAAAUGAUAAAAGUACUAAAAAAAAAUUAAAUCUGUCAAGUGUUCUCACUAUAGCACAUAUCUCCCGAGUGCCAGUUGUAAAACCUCUCAACAGCACCCAAAAAAAAAAAAA